AUGACGACGGACACAGUCGUCGCAUACUGUUUACUGAUCCUUCAAGAGUCGGAGCGGGCCGCCAUGUCCAGGCACAUGCAAGAGGUGAUUGAUGAGGAUGAAAUCGAUCAAGUUCUGAGUGCCCUCGACUCCGGCUGCGAGAGUCAGAAAGGCGAGCUGCCACUGGACGGCCCAUUCCUGGUCUUUUCGGCCAAUGAUGGUGAACCGACUUCUGAAGCAGCAGCCGAACCCGUUUAUGUGCACUCGGAUCAUACGGUGGUUCUACCCGAACCGCUUUCCUCUCACGGCCUGCAGGAUAUCGUCAACGUAGACAUUCCCAGCGCAUCCAACCCUUGCUCAUGGCCUGAGACUGCUCUCCUCGAAACUGGGAACAUCUCGGCGCUGGAUGAUAUUCUCCUUGGUGUUGAUAACUCGGACGACCUCGGCGUGGACUUGUCGUCCUUCUCCAUGAUACCUAGGGUGUCGCCCAUCCCUAUUGCUGAAACAUCAGGUCCCUCUCCUUGGGACUUGCACGUCAGCUAUGAUUUCACGCUCUCCCUUGAUACAUCUGUUUCGUCCCAUGCACACUUCCUUCUUGAACAUUACAAGUCCCAGAUGGGAAAGCUCUUCUCUCCCCUUCGCGUUCGCAAAUCUCCUUGGUCUAUCCUACACUUUCCACGCGCCCUCUCCGCUCUAUCAGAGCUGAGCAUAUUCAAAAGGACCAAGCACGCCCACACGUCGCUCUUCUAUGCAGUGUUGGCUGUCAGUGCCUUCAAUUGGGACAACAUCCACCGCCAACAAAAAGAUAGUACAACAUAUUGGCGCAACGUUGGAGAGGGCUUUCGCCGUGGAGCAAGAAAGGAACUGGAAUGGACCUGCGAGACAGAGCUGGCAGGCGAGAAGAGUUCAAAGUACAAAGAUAUUCUCAUGGCCAUCUUGACAAUGGUCACCAUUUCUGUCGUUACUGGUCAACAAGAGGAAGCUCGUUCAUAUCUGCUCAACGCCGAACUAUUCAUCACUCUUCGCGGAGCACCCAAGGUGAACAAGUCGAGGAAGGUCAAGCUCCUUCACUCCAUCUACUUGUUUCUCCGAGUCAUUGAGGAGAGCACCUACAUGUACCCUCCUGAGAAGCAGCCCCUCGUAAGCUUAUCGCACGCUCCAGAGAGUAUGCUGUUCCCAUCGUUGCGAACGCAUAGUUUGUGCUUGGGGAGAGAUCUUGAUGAGUCGUGCGGCAUGGCCUUCGAGUUUGGGCUCUUUGGAGGACUCGAGAACCAGGAGAACCCCGCCUUUUUCAAGGAAAUCUAUGGUUUCCCCCAAGACCUCUUGUCCUUCAUCUCGCGUGCCACGUUCCUGGCGAACCAAAUCUCGAUGCACAGAAGACGAUUCUCCGAGCUCUCCAUGACCACGGAGCUUGAGCACCGCUGCGUAGCUCUGGAGGGCGAGAUCUGCUCAUGGAACAACUACAACGAUGAUACUGAAGGAGACUUGGACGAUCCUAUCGCCGCCUUUGCCAACCGCGCCAUCAUGUCCCAUCUCAUCACAGCCUUCCACUGCGCAGUCUUGAUCUUCUUCUAUCGACGCGUCCGCCAGUUACACCCCUUUCUCCUACAACCAUUUGUGGAAAAGACAAUCGCAAAUCUUGAGGCGUUUGAACAAGAGCAGCGCAACUUUUCGCUGGUCAACUGUGGUAUCGUCUGGCCAGGUUUCAUCGCCGGGGCGGAAGCUGUCGAUCCUGAUUUACAGGCUCGCUUCUACAAGCGCCUGCAAGAUUGUUCAAGGUCGAGCGGGAUGCAAAAUUUCGGCUUUGCCGCCGAAUUUUUACAAGAUUUCUGGGCGCUUCGCAGAGAAAAGGGGAAUGAGAACAUUACCUGGAUGGACAUGGUCAGAGACAGACAGUUGGCAUUGGUUCUCACAUGA